AUGGCGAUCCAAAAGAAGCAUGGAAAAGGUCGUUUGGAUAAGUGGUAUCGGCUUGCCAAAGAGAAGGGUUACCGUGCCCGUGCUGCUUUCAAGUUGAUCCAACUGAACCAAAAGUAUGGAUUCCUUGAGAAGAGUAGGGUCUGUAUCGAUCUGUGCGCUGCGCCUGGUUCAUGGUGUCAAGUCGCCGCAGAAUACAUGCCCGCGCAAAGUCUUAUUAUCGGUGUCGAUCUUUCUCCAAUCAAGCCCAUUCCUCGAGCCAUUACUUUCCAGAGCGAUAUUACCACAGACAAGUGUCGCGCAACGAUUCGCUCGCACAUCAAACACUGGAAGGCGGAUAUUGUUCUCCACGAUGGUGCUCCCAACGUCGGUUCCGCUUGGGUGCAGGAUGCUUUCUCCCAGGCGGAGCUUGUCUUGGAAUCCCUGAGAUUGGCUACUGAUUUCCUGGCCGAGGGCGGAAACUUCGUCACCAAGGUCUUCCGGUCUAAGGACUACAACCCUCUCUUGUGGGUUUUCAAGCAGCUGUUCAACUCAGUCGAGGCUACCAAGCCUCCUUCUUCGCGAAACGUCUCCGCCGAAAUCUUCGUUGUCUGCCGUGGAUACAAGGCCCCCAAGCAUGUCGACCCGAAGUUCCUUGAUCCCAAGCACGUCUUUGCAGAGCUUCAAGACCCCACUCCCAACUACGAAGCUAAGGUCUUCAACCCCGAAAAGAAGAAGCGUAAGCGUGACGGUUACGAGGAGGGAGAUUGGACCCAGCACAAGGAGAUCCCAGUGACAGAGUUCAUCAACACUAUUGACCCCAUCUCUAUCCUGGGUGGAUACAACAAGCUCAGCUUCCAGCAACCUCCCGGUGGCGAUCUCGCUCUUUCAACUUUGGACCGUUUGGAGGACACGACAGAUGAAAUCCGGAAAUGCUGUGAGGAUUUGAAGGUCCUUGGUAAGAAGGAAUUCCGCAACCUGCUCAGGUGGCGUAUCAAGUGUCGUGAAAAGUUCGGUCUCGUCGUCAAAAAGAAGCCUACCACCGAGGAAGGCACCGGGGAAGAGGUCGCGGAAGUCGCCCCUAUGGACGAGGAGCUGCAGAUCCAAGAGGAUCUGAUCCGAAUGCGUGAGCAGCAAACCGCCAAGGGCAAGAAGGAAAGGCGCAAGGAGAAUGAGAAGAAGCGCAAAGACAUCAUCCGAAUGCAGAUGAACAUGACCGCGCCCAUGGAUAUUGGUAUGGAACAGCUUGGUAUGGGAGGCGAAGAUUCCACCUUCACCUUGAGACGUGUCGACAGAGAGAAUGCUCGCGACGCGGUUGUCAACGCUCGCGACCUUCCCGCCGAGAGCGAGAGCGAAGAAUCCGAAUCCGAAGAGGAGGAGAGCGAUGACGAAGAAGACCGCCUUGAGAGGGAGCUUGACAACAUGUACGAGCAGUACACUGGUCGCAUGGAGGAUAAGGACUCGAAGUUGCGCGCCAAGAAGACUCGCAAACAAUAUGAGGCCGACGAGUGGGAGGGCUUCUCCGACAAGGAGAAGGGCAGUGAUAAUGAAGAAGAGGAGGAAUCAGACGAAGAAACCAACCCCGCCGACGAAGCUGCUCGGGCAGAGAAGCUCUCCAACAACGCGUCCAUGUUCUUUGAUCAAGACAUCUUCCAGGGACUAGGAGAAGAGGAAGAGGAAGAGGAUGAAGAGGAAGAACAGCCCGAAGAAGAGGAUGAGGACGAGGAGAGUGACAACAUCUUCGCCAUGGACGAGGAUGACGAGGAGGAAGAAGAAGCUCCUGCGCCCAAGCAAAAGAAUAAGAAGGAUACCAAGAAGGACGCAAAGAACGCGAAGAAGAAGUCCGUCUGGGUUGAUGAAUCCGACGAUAGCGAGCCAGAAGAUGCUGAACCUCGAAAAGCCAAUGGCCAACUGGAUAUCGACAUUAUCACCGCCGAAGCCAUGGCCCUUGCACAGUCUAUGGCCACCGGAGAGAAGCGAUCAUCGGACAUUGUCGACGACGGCUUCAACCGGUUUGCAUUCCGUGAUUCCGACGGCCUUCCCGAAUGGUUCCUCGAUGACGAGGGCAAGCACAGCACGCCCGUGCGGCCCACCACCAAGGCUGCCGCCUUAGCCAUCCGCGAGAAGAUGCGUGCGAUCAACGCCCGUCCGAUCAAGAAGGUCAUGGAAGCCAAGGGACGCAAGAAGUUCAAGGCUGCUCAGAGACUCGAGAAGCUGCGCAAGAAGUCCGCACUUCUGGCAGAAGACGAUGCUCUCAGUGAGCGAGACAAGGCCGGUGCCAUCGCCAGACUGAUGAGCAGGGCUACCAAGAAGAGGCCCAAGCAAGAAGUCAAGCUUGUGGUUGCAAAGGGUCCCAACCGUGGUAUCUCUGGACGUCCCAAGGGUGUCAAGGGCAAGUACAAGAUUGUGGAUUCACGUAUGAAGAAGGAUGUUCGCGCCGAGAAGAGACUGGCGAAGAAGAAGGGCAAGAAAUAA